AUGAAGGGUCUGCAACUGCAUGGUGAAGAUCUACAUGCACAAGGGAGGACAGAGGCAAACCCAUCUGAUCAUGUAUUUUGUGGUGGUAUAGACCCUGAUCCAGAAAAAGAGAUCUGGCUUCAUCAGGGUGAGCAAGAAGAGGACUUGCUCGAUGUUGACGGUGCUUCCAUUUUCUAUGGUGAGUUACCCGCUCUCCCUGAUUUCCCUUGCAUGUCAUCUUCUUCGUCUUCUUCUUCAACUCCGGCGCCCGUCAAGGCUUUUGGUUCAUCGUCCUCCUCGUCUUCAGCCUGUUCUUCGUCGUCCUCCUCUGCAGUUUCUUGGGCGGUUCUAAGAUCCGAGACGGAAGAAGAUCAGCAGAACGGGCAGUAUCAGCAUGAUAAUUCGGUGGAUGCAGCACCGUCGGGAGCGCUGUCAUCCACAGCCUCGAUGGAGAUCACUGACCAGAUGAUUGAAGGUGUGAAUUGCAUGGAUGUGAUGGAGACUUUCGGUUACAUGGAUCUGGUAGACAACAACGAUUUCUUUGAUCCAUCUACCAUAUUUCACCACGACGACACUCCUCUCGAGGAUUUUCAACUGCAUGCAGCAGAGGAGCAGCUGCUGCAGGAGCAAGAGCAACCGCAGGGAACACAUGGGGAGGACUUAAUUCCUCAAGGUGAUGAUACAAAAGAAACCCAUCAAGAUCAUGUUCAAGAGGGGGGAAAUCCAUCGGAAGAUUUGGCGAUGGUGUUUCUAGAGUGGCUCAAGUCCAAUAAGGAGUCUGUCUCUGCCGAGGAUUUGAGGAGGGUGAAGAUCAAGAAGGCAACCAUAGAGUGCGCAGCUAGGCGAUUGGGCGGAGGCAAAGAGGCCAUGAAACAGUUGUUGAAGCUCAUUCUUGAAUGGGUCCAAAAGAACCACCUUCAGAGAAGGAGGACCAACAAUAAUUCCCCUACUGCUAACAAUGUCUGCUUUCAAGAUCCCUUUCAGAACCCUAAUUCUAACCCGUCUCCCCAAAACCCUAGUCUCGCCUGUAAUCCUAUCCAACCUGAACCAAUUCCUUUCUCCCAACCUCAGUGGAUCCCUCAACCGGGUUAUGUGGCCGAUACGGCCGGUCUCGUUCCUGGUUUCGCGCCCCCAGUUGUGGGGUAUAUUGGCGAUCCGUUUGUUGGUGGGGCUUCUAAUUGCAUCCCUGGUCAUCCUUAUCCAUCUCCCCAAGAGUAUCACAUGCUGGAACCUGCUCACUCGUGGCCAGCGCAUCAGUUUGCGUUGGCUGCCAGUACCCAAUACAACACAUUUCCAGAUAACAAUAUACACCAGCCUCCGGGUUAUAAUCCUGGGUACGGGAAUCAAUAUGCGUAUCAGUAUGUUCAAGGCCAUGGUGAUCAAAGAUUGGUGCGGCUAUGUUCGUCUGCGACGAAGGAGGCAAGGAAGAAGAGGAUGGCUAGGCAAAGAAGGUUCUUAUCGCACCCCAGGACUCAUAAUAAUCAGCAAAAUAACCAGCAGAACCAGAAUCAGAGUGGAGAUCAGCAGCAUGCAAGACUUGGCGGUAACGAUAAUUGCACCCCUGCCGCAGCCCCUCGGGGUAAUUCGAAUAACUGGGUAUAUUGGCCAGGGCCUGUCGCUACCGGAGCGGCUGCUCCAACCCAGCCUGUACUGCCUAAUGACGCACCAAUAGUGCACCAAGUGGAGCGGACUCCAGCAGUUCAAGGGCAAUCGUUUCAGCGACAGGUGGCAUCAGACAGGCGACAGGGAUGGAAGCCUGAAAAGAACUUGCGGUUUCUCUUGCAAAAAGUUUUGAAGCAAAGCGAUGUGGGUAAUCUUGGAAGAAUCGUGUUGCCGAAGAAAGAAGCAGAAACGCAUUUACCUGAACUAGAGGCAAGAGACGGGAUUUCGAUAGCCAUGGAAGACAUUGGGACCUCUCGUGUUUGGAACAUGCGUUAUAGAUUCUGGCCCAACAACAAAAGCAGGAUGUAUCUUCUCGAAAACACAGGUGAUUUCGUCAAAACCAACGGGCUCCAAGAAGGAGAUUUCAUUGUCAUCUACUCUGAUGUUAAGUGUGGCAAAUAUCUAAUACGAGGAGUGAAAGUAAGGCAACCAGGGCAAAAAUCAGAGACGAAGAGGCCUGGAAAAUCACAGAGGAACGUGCAUUCAAGUUCUCCAUCUAGCACCGCCAAUGGCUCCUCAUCAUCUCCCGCCACCACCACAACCACCGCCCAGCCUGUUAAGUGA